ACCGAGGACGAGUUGACCUUUGAGAAGGCGAUCCAGAACCUCCGCAUUGAAACCUAUGACAACCGCAAGAUUGCCAUUGGUGAGAUUCUUAAGACCAUCCCGGGGUACAAGCUCUAUUAUGCUCCCCUCGGUAGGCUGAUUCCCCAGCGUGAUCAUACCGUUGUGAUGAGCGACCCCGAAUGGAUCGCUUUCCCAACUGAGGAGGAAAAAGCUAAGUUCAAAGCUCUUGAAGUCGGCUGCACCGACGGUGUCUGGUGCCACGAUCUUGCCCGCAGACACCCCAAAUGGAUUGUCGAGGGGAUCGAUACCACUGUCAUGUGGCCGACUGUUGCUGACGACGAAGGAGCCGGAAAGAUGAAAGCGAGCACUCAGAACGAACCUCUUGCUGUUCCUUACCUUGCAACUUAUGACUGGCGUGAGCUCAUGGGACGCGAGCUUCCUAUCAAAGCUUUCGACUUCAUUCGUGCCCGUGACAUCAUGACCGGUGUUAUCAACUACAAGGAAUUGCUUAAGAACCUCUAUCAGUAAGCUUCCCUUUCCCACCUUUUACUAAUUCCACUGAGAGACACCGCUGAUUUUCGUCUUAGGUGCUUGAAGCCCGGUGGAUACAUUGAAUUGGUCGAGCUCGAUCCAACUCCUCGCACUGCGGAUCCCAGCGCCUGCGAGCAGACCAAUCCGAC